AUGGUGACUACACGGGCUGCCACUGAGAACGACGGUAAUAUCAGAAUCGCUGAUAUGGGUAAGAAAUCCGUUGCAAAAAAAGCUUCAAAAAACAAAAAGGUAGUGUCAACCGGAGAAGCUUCAGUUCCUCCAUCUCCUGUGCAGUUGAGUAAGAAGAGACAUGCAAAUGAUUCACCUCCGAAAUCGAAGAAACACAAAGGCAUUUCCAGAACUGAAUCCAAGAAAUCUCCUCCUAAGCUAUGGCAGUUUAAAGUAAGCCGAGAAGAUCGUGUUCACUCGAAGAUUGAUACGCGCAUGUCAUACGAUGUCAUUUCUGAUAUCAAAUCGACUCUGACUCCAGGUGAAUUGGAAAAGUUUAGACAAUCUUGCUUUGGCUACUUUCUUGAUAUUCCCAAGAUCAAAGUGCAAAAUCAGAUCAUACAUUGUUUAUUGUUGAGGGAGGUGGAGCAGCUAAAGAAGUCUGAAUUGUGGUUUGAGGUUGGCGGUCAUAGGCUGAAAUUCGGAAUCGACGAAUUUGCUUUGAUCUCGGGUUUAAACUGUCAAGGUGACAGCAGUAAGUAUGCCUAUACAAAAGUUGAAAACGGCAUUUUGGAUAAGUACUUCAGCGGGCUGCAAUCUGUUUCUAAACAGACCCUUCAGGAUUUUUUCAAAGCUAGGCGUUGGGAGUCGGAGGAGGAUGGGUUUAAGAUAGCAUUUAUGCAUUUUUUGCAUAACUUCUUGCUUGCUUCACCGAGGACUGCUCGUAUCCCUUUGAAGGACUUUGACGUAGUUGAUUCGGCUGAUUUGAACGACUAUCCAUGGGGUAUUGACGUUUUCAAGUACACGUUUGAUUCUUUGUCAAAAAGAGCUGUUCUUAGUCCGGGAUCUCUUAUUAUUGAAGACAACAUUUACCAGUAUCGACUUCAAGGUUUACCAUAUGCACUGGUAUGUUGGUUCUACGAGUGUUGCCCGGCGGUGGAAAAUACCUUUGCUCAGCUAGUGAACAAAGAUGCUAUCCCGCGGAUUCUGAGGUGGCAAGCAUUCGUUCCUGCAAAAUACAUUGAUGUUGACAGGGAUUUAUUUGUUGAGAUUGCAUCCGAUGAGAUGAUUUUCCGAUCAAUUGUUCCAACCCCGGCAGAGAUGAAUGCCCUUCGUCUAGGUGACUUAUUCAAAAAAAUUAAGGGAAACGAGGAGGGUUAUUGUCCGGCAUUUAAUAUAUUGAAGGACGGUGAAUCAACGUCGAACACUUCGAAUUUAAAUGUUAUGGAAGAGAGGCUGGAAAUUUUGAUGGCUGGUCAAAAGACGAUUAAGGAUGAUAUAAUGGAUUUGAAACGUUUAUUCACUUCCAAAUGUUCCGAACUUUUGACAGUUGUCAAUUCAUUGAAUGAUAGGCUAACUCUGAUUGGUGAUUCUAAAACGGUUGAAAUUGAGAAACAUGAUGUUUCUGAUGGCUUGCAGACAAGGGUUGACAAAGGAAAAAAGGUUGUUCUUCCUGCAGAGGACAUUUCAGUGAAACCAAGUAAAAAUGGUACUUCUAUAGUAACGGAACGAGAAGAAAGGGAUGGUAGGGAGUCUGUUGUUCCUGUUUCUGCUGAUACUAAAGCUACUUCCAGCAAAGAAAGGGAUGGUAGGGAGUCUGCUGAUGAAGAAGAAGGUGCUGAAAAAGUCGAAUUGGAAGAUUUGGUUUGCGAGAAGGCUGUACUUGAAGGCAAGGAUGACCGUGGUGAACCUUGUGUUAUUGUUUCUUCCGAACACGUUGAUGUUAUCUCUCCGAAUUUUGAGGUUUCGCGACAAAGCGAGUUGAAUUUAAAAUCUCCACCAGAUGACACCAUCAAUCAGACUAAAAAAAAUGCAAGUGAAUCGAUUGCUGAAUUCAAAUCAAAGGAGUCUGGUCCUUCUUCAAGCCGCUUCAUACCGACGCAAACUGGUUGUAAAGUCCGUAUUUGUCCAUUUGAUGCUAAUCACAUUUUAUUCAGUGAUGCCACCAAACAAGACAUCAUUCAGAAUUGGCUGGAAGAAGGACGUCCUAAAGGGGCCAAAAGACAAUACUGGAUAUACGAUCCAAAGAUUGAUAAAUUCCAUCCUCGUCUUUCUCUUGGCGUGGUUGAUAUUGAAACGAAAUCCUGGUUUUACCAUCUCUACCACGUUGGAAAGCCUCUUGAGUGUUCUCAUGUAGAUGUUCUCUUUUAUUAUCUGAGAAAGAAAAUAAAAUCUGGAUGUGCUGCAAACAGUAGAUGUACGUCAACUGAUAAUUAUUUUGAUCGGCGUAUUCAAACUCUCUACACAGCAUACAAGAAAAAGCAAGAUGUGUCACUUGUUUCUUUGAAACAUACAGUGGCUAUCUACAUUAAAGGUGGUGCUAUGCGUUGCAAUACGAAUUGGGCUGAUGUUGACGAUGUUCUUUUUCCGAUCAAUUGUAUCAGCAACUGA